GUCUGGUUCGCUCGAUCGGUGUCUCAAACUUUAAUUCGCGUCAAAUACAACAACUGAUGGACAACUCGUCGACAGUGCCGGCCGUAGUGCAGGUCGAGUCGCACCCGUACUUCAAUAACGACCGACUGCGGCGCUGGUGUCUGCACUUUGGCAUACAUUUGACCGCCUAUUCGCCGCUGGCCUCUACCGGACCCGAUCUAGAUCAAGGCAUACCGCGACCCAUUGAACUGCCCUUGAUCAAACAGUUGGCCAGUCGACGUGGUGUGAGUCCGGCGGCCAUUAUAUUCCGGUGGCAAACACAGCGUCGGGUGAUUGUCAUACCCAAGAGCUCUACUCCGGAGCGCAUUAUCGCUAAUAUAGAUAUCUUUGGUUUUGAUGAGUUGACUAAAGACGAGAUGACGGCUAUUGACGGGUUGGACCGUAACUACCGGUGCCAUCGGUGGGAACACUGG